AUGGCCUCCUACUUUCCCUCCUUCACAGCCCCGUCCCCCAUGGCGCUGGCGGCAGCUUCCACCAACUUGGACGACCCCCAUCUUGAGGUCACCGUCACUCCCUCUGCCUCCGCCUUCUAUGCUGGAGAGACAUUCUCAGCCACCAUCACCAUCCGCAAUACACGCACGCCAUCCCACGAUGCCAAAGUGCCCGAGACGCCGCUUACUGUGCCGCCCACAGCUGAAGUCUCGACUGCCACGUCGCAAACGCGGCCGCUGCCACCAGUAGAUGCCAGACAUCCCUCUGAUGCCCCCCAAUUACCCCGGCGGUUAAAGCAGAUAGGGGCUGGCCUUUCUGACAUCCCUCUUAAUGGCAAAAAGUUUGCUGAGAAUGCUGAAGCUGGACCAUCUGGUGCCCGCACCCCAAUGAGGAUCCAAGCAACCCCUCGGUCACCCGACCUCGACUCUGGGUAUCCAUACAGCCCUGGUGCAAACACUACUUUCAGAGCCCCUGGCCCGAGCUCGCCUCAACGCGAAGGUCUCAUGAACUUUCGAAGUCCGGAAGGAUGGGGAGGGAAGGAGAAUACCAUGUCGAAAGAGCUCGGUCACCAGCGCAGGGCAAGAAGUCUGGCUCUGGGUAAAGGGGCUAUGAGUCCGCAGGAAUUAGUAUGGGCACUGGGUGGGCAGAAGACAGCCCCACCUCCAUUGCCAUCCCGUCGUUCGCGCGACACUCAGAUCCCAGCGCACCAUCCUCAUUCUCGGAAAAUCUCAAUCGCCAAUCCCAUUACUGCUGAAACCUCUGGGCAGUCGGAGGACAAUACACCGCCUCCAUUAGAAUCUAUCAUUGAAGGCCAAGCGUCUCCGUCGGGCCGGCCUCGCUCAUCAACUCGACCGUCGGCAUCGCGGUCAAAUUCACAGAACGAUUUGAAACAGGGCGACAGGUCUGUAUCUCAAGUAUCCCCAAACAGACUCAGACGGCCGUCCCACAACCGCACUCCAUCGUACCAAAAUGCAUACGGCGCUUCCUUCAUGGGCAUCCACAUCGACACGCUCCCACCCCCGCCCUCUCACCCAUUCAUCCGCGAACGCGAACCGCGUGGCACCACCACCGUCCUCUGGGCCUACACCCGCCUCGUCGGCCACUUUCAUCCUUCCAACACCUACAUCCCUCCCGACCCUCUCCUACCCCUCCGCGCAAUACUAUUACACCAGCCCGUCGGCUCGGGAUCGCUCCUGACGCCUGGAGGCAGUAGCGUAUCCAACCCAGCAGGCAAGUCGUCGAGCUCGUCGAGGUGGCAGUUGAGCUUUGGCACGGGCGCGAUCGGGAAUGCGACGCAGCCGAGUUUGACUGGGAGUUUGUUUGGGUUGGCAAAGGAGCUUAUCACGGGUGGUGGUGGAGGGAGUUUGGAGGAGGAGAGGAGGAGGGUGUGGAACAUGAAGGAUCUUCCGGUGCUCGAGUCUACCCGGAGUCUGAUGGGGGUGGAUAUUCGGCUGAAAGAAGGCGAAAGUAGAGAUUUCGUGUACACCAUGCCAUUACCUACGGUCCUGCCCCCGGCUCAUCGCGGAAAGGCCUUUCGCUUCUCGUACGACUUGGUCAUUUCUCUCAGUGCGAGUCUACCAGGCGGCGGUCAUAGACAAAAGUCCAAAGACAUUGUCGUUCCUAUAAGAAUAUGGGCGAACGUGUCUGUGGGACAUCCAUAUCGAACUUAUGACGUCCUCCACCCCGUCAUCCAGACCAAGGAAGAAGGCAACGUCCAAAACCUCGAGCAGCCCGACAUGCCCUCUCUACCGGCAUCAUCCACACCCCAGAGUCAAGAAAUGCGCCGGCAAUCAUCUGCAUCGGAUAGACAUCGUAUCAAGAAUGGGGACACGCGCGACUCUUUACAAGCGUAUGCUUCUCAUCUCGUCGAUACCCUCAAACCGAAUGGGGAGAGCUUGCAGCCAAUGUCGCCUAGCAAGAGAGAUGCACGUUCUCGUGCCGCUUCACCUUCGUCUCCCGUUUUUCGGAUACCCGCUACGGAUCAGAUAGAAGAGAAUACAGAUCUCUUUGUGGAGGGGGACGAGGAGUUGCUGGAUGAAGUUGGUCAUGAGGGAGGCUGUGGGGAGGCCGUUGAGAUACUAAGCAGACAUUCGCCCAAAGCUUCUUAUGAUAUCAACAAAGAUGGUCAUCCGGUCUCUGUCAUGACGCUCGCCAAGACGACCUACCGGUUAGGCGAAUCCGUCCUCGGCAUCGUGACCUUCAACCACCCCACCUCCAUAUUUCGCGUUCUCAAAUUCUCCGCCUACCUCACCUCCCACGAACUCAUCCCGGAACCCCUCCUGCCCCCACCCGUCCACGCCGGAGGACCAGAACAACCGAAUUUGCAGACGGUGCACGCCGAGUAUCACACUGCUUAUGCGUUAUCGGCAGAAAGGCUCGCGUUUUUGCUCGACAUACCGUCGGAUGCUACUCCUGCGUUCAGCUUGGCAGCUGGGGAAGGGGACAAGGGCGGACUGGAGUGGAGGAUCAAGUUAAAGUUUACAGUAGGCGUGCCUGCGCAUGGCGUACCAAAGAGCCAUAGGAGGAGCGUCGACCAUUCGCGCAAGAGUGUAGAUGGCCACGCGCCCGUCUCUGAAGCGGUCAACCUCAUCCCCACCAAACGGCAUCGAUCGGGGGAUGAAGCAGACAAUGCAUUCUACUCGGCGCUGCAGAGCCUGAACCCUGUAAUCCCCGUGUCUCAGGCGUACAGAGAUGCUGUGGGCCCAGAUGGGGGAGCGGAAUGGUCGGAAAUGAGGACGGAGAUGGUAGAGUGUGAGGUGCCGGUGAAGGUCCUUGCUGGCAACACGGCGUUCUUGGUGCGGCCGGCUGUGUUUGUCGUGUAG